UCAAGUAUAAAAUAAAAUUCAAUUAAGCCUGAAAUUUAAUUAUGUAUUUUUUAAGAUUUAAAAGGUUGUUGCAAAAUGUAUAUGCAAUUUUAAUGUAUGCUUUGAUUGUGUAUGAUGUGGUCUUUCACAUUCCUGGCUACUAAAUAAUAUUUCUGCAAAAUUCCAUUUUUUUUAAGUUUAUCUGUGAGUUUUGGGGAUUUGCUGAAGUGUAGUUUUUAAAAAUGCUUUACAUUUCAUUCCAGAAAGGGAAAUGCAUUUAUAAGCGUUGUUUUACGGUUUCAACUCUAAGGGCCGCUGUUGAUUUGCACAAACCUAUGUGGGUGACUGCAUGUGGUUGGUUGAGCUGUGGUGAUGCUAUGAGAUUUUAGAGGAGAUCAAAGGGUGUCUAUGAACGGAGACGGUCAUCGAAAAACAACAAGCUAGCUGGAUUACUGUUUAAAUAUUUUCCGCAUUGAUCAUCGUGCAUAUACCUGGAAUUUGAAUUUCUACAUCUAAAAAUGAUUGUGAUUACAGUAUCUUGUCCUUGUUACCAGUCGAGAAGAAAACAUUUGGAUCGCGUUUUUUCAUUGAGGGUCUUAUUCGUCCUGGCUGUUUGUUAUUUCUCUAACAAUAGCGCACAGAUUCGUUACUCGGUUCCAGAGGAGAUGAAGAAAGGAUCGCUUAUCGGGAAUAUAGCUCAUGAUCUUGGUCUGGAUGUGCAAAGACUGCGCUCGGGUCGGGCCCGUAUCGUUUCUGGUGACAGUACUCAAUACGUAGAGCUGAAAACAGACAAAGGGACUUUGGUUGUAAAUGAGAGAAUUGACCGAGAGCAGCUUUGCGCGGAAACCACUCCAUGCAGCUUCACGUUUGAAAUAAUACUCGAUAAUCCAAUGGAAUUACAUCAUGUUACGGUUGAAAUAUUGGAUAUUAACGAUCACUCGCCAAUCUUUCCAAAGGAGGAAGUUAAUCUGGAAAUAAGCGAGUCGGCCGCACCUGGUGCUCGUUUUCUACUUGGCAGUGCAGAUGAUCCCGAUAUGGACACGAAUGGUAUCCAAACCUAUGUAAUAUCACAAAAUGAUUAUUUUAUUUUGAAACAACAUGCGCGACCCAGUGGAAUGAAAUAUGCUGAAAUGGUGCUCCAGAAAUCUCUAGAUAGAGAGCAACAUCCACGGCUUUCUCUUAUUGUCACAGCGGUCGAUGGAGGAAAUCCUCAAAGAUCUGGUAACAUGAAAAUAGAGGUUACUGUGUUAGAUAUAAAUGACAACGCGCCCGUAUUCAACCAAUCAGUUUACAGAGCAAUAAUAUCAGAAAAUGCGUCUAAGGGAACUUAUAUAACCACGGCUAAUGCUACUGAUGCAGACAGUGGCACAAAUGGUUUAAUUUUCUACAGUUUCGCUAAUAUUAAAGGUAACAUAAACGAUGUUUUUAAAAUAGAAGAAAAAACCGGUGUUAUAACUCUGAUUGGAGUGCUUGAUUACGAAAAAGCCAAAAAAUACGAAAUUGGGAUCGAGGCCAAAGAUCAGGGGGGUUUAGGAAAUUCGGCUAAAGUUAUAGUUGAUUUAAUUGAUGUAAAUGAUAACGCGCCUAUUAUCAGUGUUAUGUCAUUUUCCAACCCAGUGACCGAGGACGCGCCUAUCGGCACCACGAUUGCUAUUUUAAGUGUCAAGGACCUAGAUGCAGGAGACAACGGCCACGUUGACUGCAUAAUAGAUCGAAAUUUGCCAUUCAAACUACAGUCCUCAAUACGAAAUUAUUACACUUUAGUAACCGAUGCUGCUUUAGAUCGUGAACGUGUGGCAGUAUAUAAUUUUACAAUAACAGCUACAGAUUUAGGCACACCUACACUCGCAUCUCAGAAAACUUUAAAUCUAAAAGUGUCAGACAUUAAUGACAAUGCCCCCAGGUUUCAAAAAAAUGUUUACACGGCAUACAUUCCUGAAAAUAAUCAACUUGGUUUAUCUAUAUUUACAGUGAGUGCGCACGAUGAUGACUCAAACCAAAACGCACGAAUUUCAUAUCUUCUAGAUGAAACUACUGUAGUGGGUGGAGCACCCGUUUCAUCUUUUAUAUCAAUAAAUGCUGAUAAUGGAGUGGUACAAGCAUUGCGCGCGUUUGAUUAUGAGCAAAUGAAAAGCAUUCAAGUUUGUGUAAAAGCACAAGAUGGAGGAUCUCCACCUCUUAGCACAAAUGUGACUUUAGACAUUAUAAUCCAAGAUCAGAAUGACAACGCUCCCCAGGUUCUGUAUCCUGUACAAACUGGUGGUUCUGUGGUGGCUGAGAUUGUGCCUCGUUCUGCAGAUGUUGGUUAUCUCGUCACUAAAGUCGUGGCUGUUGAUGUGGACUCUGGACAGAAUGCCUGGCUCUCAUAUAAACUACAGAAAGCUACAGACAGAGCGCUGUUUGAAGUGGGUUUACAGAAUGGAGAAAUAAGAACUGUGCGACAGGUGACUGAUAAAGAUGCUGUGAAACAAAAACUUACUGUUGUUGUUGAAGAUAACGGACAGCCCUCACGCUCAGCUGUGGUCACCAUUAAUGUGCCCGUGGCUGAUAGUUUUCCUGAAGUGCUAUCUGAAUUCACAGACUUUGGGCAUACCAAAGAAUAUGGCGACAGCCUGACUUUUUAUUUAGUUCUUGCACUUGCUGCCGUUUCUUUCCUAUUUAUUACAUGUGUGGUUGUCAUAAUAUCAGUUAAGAUCUACAGAUUGAGGCAGUCUCGCUUAUAUCAGUCAAAUCUUCCCGUUAUUCCAUACUAUCCAUCGCAUUACGCGGACACAGGAGUAACUGGAACUCUUCCUCACGGAUAUAAUUAUGAAGUUUGUAUGACCACUGACUCGAGGAGAAGUGAUUGUAAGUUUUCUACACUCAGCGGUAAGAAUGUUUUAGUGAUGGACCCGUGUUUUUCUGAGACGAUGCAGCACACAGUGAAUGACAAGAACUUCUUAGGAAAUCCUGAGGUCCCUGAAAUGGUAAGAUCAAGUUAAAAAAAUCAAGUAUUGCUACCCUAUAUCAUUACAGUUACAAUAUAAUUUGUAAUUAUGUUUACUAAGAUUGCAAUGCCUGUUUUAAAUUGUAGAGAAUCUGUAUAACAUUUUAAUGGACUGGUUGUCUAUAAAGUGAUCUAUGACAUUAUUUGGCCAUUAUAUUAUAUUUCUGCAAUAUUUUACUUUACAAUAUUGAUCUUUAAGCUGGGCGAUGUCAUAUUUGCUAAAAUAAUAGCUAUUUGGAAUAAUUCGAAUUUAGUCAAACACUUCAAAGCAUUUGUAAGCGUUGUUUCACGAUUUCAACUCUAAGGGCCGCUGUUGAUUUGCAGAAACCUAUGUAGGUGACUGCAUGUUGGUUGAGCUCUGGUGAAGCAAGCUAAGAGAUUUUGGAUGAGACCAAUGUGUUGAUAAAGGGAGACAGUCAGCGAAACACAGCAACCGAGCUGGAUCAUUUAAAUAUUUUCAUCAUUGAACAUCGCGUAAUACCUGGAGCAGAAUUUAUAAUUAACAUCU